ACCAUACAGCUGCGUGUAAAUUGGCUCUUAAACAUUAGAGCCUGACCUCUGACCUUUGAUCUGCGAACCUGCAAUGAACUGCACUCCCAAUGCCACCAUCAAUCCGCAGCUGGGACUUGUCCUGAGCCCAGGGGCUGGAGAUGAUGCAUCCCAGGAGAGUGGUGGUGGUGGUGGAAGCAGCGGGGGCAUGUGGGUGACAUCCCUUCUGGGUGCCACACUGAUGAUCAUGUGCGCCAUGGGUGUGGUGGGCAACACAUACACGCUCAUCAUAACCCGUUCAGCCGCUUUGCGCCGCACAGGUUCCAUGUAUGUUUACAUCAUCAAUCUGGCUCUGGCUGACCUGCUCUACCUCUCCACCAUCCCCUUUGUGGUCUGCACCUACUUCGCCCAUGACUGGCUGUUUGGUGAGGCUGGCUGUCGCAUCCUGUUGAGUCUCGACCUCCUCACCAUGCAUGCCAGUGUCUUCAUUUUGGUUGCGAUGAGCCUGGAGCGCUACCGUGCCGUGGCUAUGCCCUUUAGCGCGCACAGGUCCUCGUCCCGUAAACGAAAGUUAGUGGCAGGGAUUAUCUGGGGGUUGGCUUUCGUGCUAACGCUCCCCAUGAUGGUGAUGAUCCGGCUCAGGGAGGGCAAACCAACUGCGGCUGGUUUGGUCAAGAGGAUCUGCUUCCCUACCUGGACCCCUGAGGCCUUCAAGGCUUAUAUCACCGUCCUGUUUCUUACAAGCGUCUUAGUUCCUGGAUUGAUAAUCGUCGGGCUGUAUGUGGGGCUCGCCAGUCGCUACUGGGCAGUGCAGGCUAGCUUAGGAGGUAGCAGCCGCUCUGCUCGGAGGAGAGGACUCAAACAAAAAGUCGUAUCAAUGAUCUUUAGCAUUGUUGUGGCGUACUGGGCUUGCUUCUUGCCUUUCUGGGGAUGGCAGCUAGCCAAAUUGUUCUCCCCAGAGUCCCUCAAGGCUUUGUCUCCGGCUGCUCAUAAUUAUGUGAAUUUCUUUGUGACAUGUCUGACCUAUGGGAACAGCUGCAUCAAUCCAUUCCUUUACACUCUGCUGACCCGGAACUAUAAAGACUACUUGGCACAGAAAGGUCAAUCUGUGGGUUCAAGCAGGGGUGACCCCGGGUCAGCCGUGACUACGCCACUCCAAGAGCUUUAGUGGAUGAAUAAAUGAUCACUGCGUAUUGACUGUGGAGCAAGAAAAUGUUAUUGACUUUCAUCAGCCUGGAGGAGGACAUUUUCUUUUCUGGUCAUUUUUUUUUACAAAAAUGGAAAAUGAGAUGUAGCACUUCCUGCAAACUUUGUAGAUGCUUUAAACAUAAUGCAAUAUGAUGCAACACAUUUCCUGCCCUGUUGAGAAGUUUAGUCAGAGCAGUUUAAGGUUCAGUGUG